GACAGGGGGCCGCGCGUCACAGCACGCCCGCUACCGAUUGUGCUCAAGCUGACACCGGCGCGGCCGCGCCGGGAGACGCAUCCCCCGCUUCCCAUGGCCUGGCUGUUUGGCCAGCGGUACCUGGACUGGCUCGUCGGCACCGUCUCGCAGACGGUCGUGAGCUGGUCGGCCCGCUGCCCGGCGUGCCCCGCCUGCCCGCAGCCGCCGGCGUGCCCAGCCUGCCCAGCGGCGGCGCCGAUCCACUUCCACCCGCCGGCCGCCUGUCCGGCGGCUCCAAAGGCGCCGGCACCCGCGCCCGCGCCCCAGCCGGUCGCCCAGGAGCCUGAGGGCCUCUCCUGGACGGGCGGGUGGCUGACCUGCUUCCUGGUCGCCGUCAACCUGUUGGUCUUCAGCUUCCACGUGGUGAGGAUGGCACAGGAGCAGGCGCCGCCGGGGGUGCGCCGGUGGGCGUGGGCACAGUACGCCGGCGCGCCGCUGUGGCAUCAGCGGCGCGUGUGGGGCCGGGUGAUUCAGGAUCCGACUGAUGCCCGCUGGUCCCCCCUGCGGGUGCUGAUCUCGACGCCGGAUGGCGACGUAUACGAAGAGCUGUACGACAUGUCUGAUGGGACCUUGGCUGCGGUUCGCUUCGAGGACGACCGGCGCACCCGCCCAGCUGGCCUGGAGGUUGGGAACCUCUACCGCUUCCGGCGCGCGCUGACGGCGGCCGAGGAGGUGGCCAUCAGGAACGAGGUGGACGCCUACGCCCGCGACGUGUUCCUCGACGCGGAGCGAGCGGCCGGGCGGCCUGGGGUGGUGCCUCCGGCGGGCGCUGCCGUCUACUUCACGUUCGCGGCCGCUGCUGGUGGCGCGGUCGCGCCUGGGCCCGCUCCCGCCGCCCCUGCCGCCGGGGGAGGGGCGGCAGUGGCCGCCGCGCUGGCUGUGGUGCCGGCUGGCCCCGCCGCGCCCGCGGCUGGACCGCCUGCUGGUGCCGCCCCAGUUGCGGCAGCCGCCGCACCGCUCGCCGCUGCUGGAGCUCCCGCAGGCCCCUUGGGGCCGAAUGCCGUGCCUGGGGCUGACGGACAGUGGGUCUACGUCGAGACCACGACGACGGCCCGGCGCGGGGACCCUGUCACGAUGGACGGGACGGAGCUCGUCCGGGGGGCUAUCGGCCUGAAGCAGGACGCUGGCGGGAGCUGGUCGGCCAUCCGGCUGAUCACGACCUCGCAGGCCUCCUACCGAGGCGCCGAGGCCCUCGCUGAUGCCCGCCUCCAGCCUGUGGCCCUGCUUAGUGACGGCUCGCGGCAGCGCGUGCAGUUCCACGAGAGUGUCGACAGGCUCCGCGAGGAGCCCUUCCCCGACUGGCCGCUGGACGGCCCAAGGACCACACUAUGGUGCCUCCGCUUCUUGGACAGGAAGCGCGGAGGGGCCAUCGAGCACUUCCACCAGUUCGCGUCCUACUACCGGCUGUCCCGCGAUGACUUCGGGGUGACGCACUACGAGUCCAUCAUGAGGAUGGUCGACUACCUGAUGACGUGGGACCUCCUCGACUUGCCCAAUGUGGUGGGCGUCGAGGUCAUGCUGCGGCAGGCGCAGCUGUACGAGUACAUGUACGCCAUGGAGUACGAGGCGCGCGACUCGGGCGUCUCAGCUGCUGUCUCGGCCGAGGGCGAGCCCAAGGCGAAGGCGAAGGGCAAGCGACUCCACAGGACCAGUCACCGCCGCGAGAUGGUCGUCGACGCCAUCCGCGCCAUGAAUGAGAUGUACACUGGUUCGAGCUGUCCGCGGCCUACCGGCCUCACUGGCCCUACGACCGCCCAGCAGGAGGCUCUGGCGGUGAUCCAGGAGGCCGUCGACGCCUUCGGAGUGCCCCCGCCCGACCUCACUCCCGCAGGAGCCCUCGAGGAGCUCCGCGUCGCGCAGUCAUACGACCAGGAGUCUGCCGUGAUUGCGCCGGUGACCUUCGACCGCGUCGAUCUGAUCUCCCUGCCGAGCGUGGGCUCCGAACCGAAGUCCUUGUCUGCACUCAUCGGGGAUGACAGCAUGAGUAUUGGUCACCGCCUUCAAGAACUACUUUUGCCCCGUGAGCGGGGGCUUGCCCGGGUCGCGGAGCACGCUCCGAAGAGGGCGUAUUCGGAUCCCAACUUGAGGAACCCUCGCCUAUAUAAGAAAGUAUUGCACCGUCUUGUGUCAUCGCACCUCGUUGAGUUUCAUACCGAUGCGUUGAGCUCAGUGGGAAUGUUCUUCGUCUAUAAGAAGUCAGGGGCCCUGAGGCUCAUACUGGAUGGCCGGAUCCCGUCCCAGUUGUUCGACGAGCCCCCCAAGGUGAAGCUGGCAACUGGGGCCGCGUUCUCUCAGCUCCGGGUUGACAGUCGGGAGCCUGUGUGUGUCGCUGGUGUGGACAUCGCGGAUGCCUUCUAUACCAUGUUGCUCCCACCUUGGCUUCGUCGGUACUUCGGACUCCCUAAGAUCAGGGCUGGUGAAUUGGGGAUCUCGGUCGAUGCGAAUGGAAGGCCCGUGGCGCCUACGCAGUGGGUCCAUCCGUGCUUCAGGUGUCCUCCGAUGGGAUUCAGUCUCAGUCUUUGGUUGUGCCAGUCAGUGAAUGAGAUUGUCUCGCGGCGUGCUGGCCUCGUCAGGCCGGAGCGUGUCCUGGUGGAUCGCCUGCCUGCCCCUGUCGUCGACUCGGGCGUUGUUCAUACCGAAUACGUCGACAACUUCGUCGCGCUGUCGCUAUCGGAGGCCUCUGCUAUUGCUGCUGCCCGUCAGGUCGAUCAUCAUAUGCGUGCUGUGGGACUGCCUACUCACGGGGUGGAGAGCGGAGUGGGCGGGGAGACUCUUGGUUGGUCCUUCGACUCGAACUCGCCCGUGAUCUCGCUCAACCCCAGGCUUAGGUGGAAGCUGUACCUUGGGAUUCAGGAGGUCCUCCGACGUGGGUUCUGUUCUGGAAAGGAGAUGGUGAGGAUCGUCUCGCACAUCACGUCCAGGGUGCUCAUUAGGAGGGAGCUCCUCUCGUGCCUGGGGGCCGUCUACAAGUUUGGGGAGGUAUACCACAAUCGAACCGUCCCGGACGGGCCCGAAGUCUCCGACGUGGACCCUAGCUUCGAGGAGGUCCCGCCCGACAUCUGGAGGGACCACUGGCACCCGGUCCUCUCGGUGCCCUGGCGGCGCCCAGCCCCUCAGGUCAUCCUGGAGGCCAGGUCCGGCGUGAUGGCGCUUAAGCACAAGCUUCGCUCCAAGAGGUCCUUUCGGAAGGCCCACGUAAUGCUGAAUGACGCCAUGGCUCCCAUCUUGGCUCUGGCAAAGGGGCGGUCUUCGGCGCCCGCCCUCCUCGCCGUCUGCCGGCAGGUGGCAUGUCUGCUGCUGGCCUCAGGCUCGGCGGCGUACUGGAGGUGGCUGCCGUCCGAGUUCAACUCUGCCGACCCAGCAUCACGGAACCGGCCUGGUGCUAGGCGGCCCGCGGCGGCUCCAGCAGCCCCAGCGCCCACCCACCUUGGGCGCCGGAGCCGCUCCCAGAGCGCAGCUGCGCUGUCCUGGGGGGACCAGGCGGACCGCCGAGUUGCCAGGAGGCGCGCCUUCCCCGCCGCCAACACGGCGGCGACCUCGGGCUCGCUGACCUUCCUGGAGACGCAGGCCGUGGGGGAGGCGACCCGCCGGGACUAUGCCGACAGGGUCUCGAAGUUCACGGCGCGGGCGACCUCGGUCCGGCUGCCGAUCGUGGAGGUGCCCGAGCUGGACGUCGCACUGGUGACCUUCUUCAACCAGCUGUUCUUCGACGGCUACCCGAGCGAGGAGGCGACGAAGUACAUGGCGGCACUGGCUCAUUGCCGCGCGGCGCCCGGCCGACUGCAGGUGGCCUUCCCGAGGGCCGCUCGUGCUGCGAAGGGCUGGGCCCGGCUGGUACCGCCACGAUCCCGGCUGCCGCUGCCCUGGCCGAUUGCCUGCCUGAUGAUCGACUGGAUGCUGGAUGCAGGCGAGACGACAGCGGCGGCGGCGACGGCGGUCUGCUUCGCGCUGUACCUUCGGCCGGCAGAGCUGCUCAGCCUGACGCGCGAGCAGGUGAUCCCGCCUGCCGAGGGCGCCCCGCCGGGGCGAACCUUCCUGAACUUCUGGUCGGUGGUCCUGCAUCCGAUGGAGUGCGCUCAGCCUUCGAAGACGGGAGUCUACGACGAGGGCCUCCUUCUGGACAGCCCGGAGUUCACCUGGCUGCCACCGCUGCUGCAGGCGCUGCGGGCCCGAGCCGCGCCAGGCGGCCGCGUCUUCGACAUGAGCUACAACCAGUGGGCCCUGGUCUUCAGGCGUGCUGCGACAGCGCUGCACCUCGGCGUCCUGGGGCCGCCGACGCUCUACACCCUCCGACACGGGGGGGCCUCCCACGAAUACCUCGCAAAGUUCAGAAGCCUCGACGAGAUCAAGAAGAGGGGGAGGUGGGUGUCGGACUCGUCCCUACGGCGCUACACCAAAGGGGGCCGCGUGGCAGAGCAGAUGCGACGGCUUCCGAUCUCCGAGCAGCGCCACGCCACGCGCCUG